AUGCCACAAUUUCUCGAGCUUCCCCACCACCUAAAGCCUACGCCCACACACAUGGCCUUUCGCAAGCGCAACAUUGCGCUCUCACGCGUGCCAGCAGAUGGCGACGCGUCAACUGCACCUCCGACCCCAGCCGUGGCUCCUCUUGCGCCUACACCAACAGGUGUGCGCCCCUCUCCCAUUGACGGCCGCCCCACUACGUCCACAGGCACACCUUCACUCGAUGGCAUCCUGGCAGGGCACGCUGGACUGCCCUUGGGGAGCUCUAUUCUGAUAGAAGAGAGCGGCACGACGGACUAUGCAGGUGCACUGCUGCGUUUCUAUGCCGCCGAGGGUGUGGUGCAAGGCCACAAAGUGCAUGUCGUAGGCAUGGGCGAGGUGUGGGGUAGAGAGCUGCCCGGAAUAUCAGAGGAUAAGGGGCAUGAGAGAAGGAGGGAGAGUAAGGAGAGAGCAGAGAAAAUGAAGAUUGCGUGGCGAUAUGAGGGCCUGGGACAGUUUGAAAGUGCGAGAGGGCCACAAAGAGUGCAAGGUCAAGGCGAGAAUGCAGAGGAGACGACGUUCUUUUGUCACACAUUCGACUUGGCGAAGCGACUGACGCUGCCUGUGGGUACGGCUGUGAAUUACAUCGCGAUACCAAGAUCGGUAUCAAUUUCUUCUUCGCCAUUCGUGUCGAUACUGCACAACGUGCAACAACAGCUUGCAUCGACGCCAGCCCACACGAUACACCGCCUCGUCAUACCAUCUCUCCUCUCACCCGCGCUAUACCCUCCCACGUCCUCGCACCCCAACUCCGUACUCCAAUUCCUGCACGCAUUGCGUGCGUUGCUGCGGAAAUACCCAACACGCCUCACAGCCAUCCUCACACUCCCACUCUCGCUAUAUCCUCGCUCGUCAGGCCUGGUACGCUGGAUGGAGAUCCUGUCCGACGGUGUACUCGAACUCUCGCCCUUCCCAUACUCGCACGCACAGAUGCUUGCACAGUCUGCUGGCACAACGAAAGACGAAGAGAAGCCGCAGGGCAUGUUCGCCGUACACAAACUACCGGUGUUCCACGAGAAGGGCGGCGGUGGCGGGGCAGAGGAUCUGGGCGAAGACAUGGCGUUUACACUGAGUCGGCGAAAGUUUGUGAUAGCCAAGUUCAGUCUGCCACCACUGGAAGGGGAUACAGAAGCGCAGGAGGCGGCGGUGAGGGAGGCGGCGGGUGGGAGUGCGAUGCCGAAGAAGGCAGAUCUCGAGUUCUAA